AUGUCUAUUGAACUAUUUAAUUUACAGGAAAAUGAGAAAUUAGUAUCUCCAUGUAUCACAAUUCACGGGUCCUGUACUAAAUCUGCUGCUCAAAAUAUUCAAGUUCAACAUCCUCAGUUACCAACUUUGACUUUCCCAAUAAAUGCUCAAUUCUUUAAAGCCACUAUUAUAUUGACCCCAGGUGAAAACAAGUUGACAUUUGUGACUGAUACUAAUGUCGUUAAGACUAUAAACUGUUAUUAUACACCAAUGGUUCAGAAUAAACCAAUUCAUCUAUGUCUACUUGUAGCUAAGGAUUCACCAUUAAAAUAUGAUUCACCUUCUUCUCAAAUUAGAAAAGAAGGUGGUAAUGGGAUCGAUUUAGCAAUUAAGAAAUUAAGAGUGGGUGCUAGAUUAAUGCAAGCGUUUACUGAUGAACAAAUGUUAAGAAAUGGAUUUGGCCGCCGUACUUUCCCAUUCGUAGAAGAGUAUACAAUGGAUACCGAAUUUAGACAAUCUAAUCAAAUGAGAAAUAAUGUAAAAAUCCAUGUUAUAACCUUAGAUAAAACUACAAAAGAGAUCAGAGAUCCUAAUGUAGCCCAACAAAAUAGCAAAGGAACUAACACAGGUGCACUAUUUAAUUGGGCUCUGGAUGCACUUAAGAAAUAUGGUGGCCCAUUUAACCCACCAGAGCAACCCGCUCAAGCUGCUUGUAUCUAUUUAGACACUCAUUGGGAUGGUAAAUUGAUUACUGGACAUGCAGCCUUAGGUGGUGGUACUGAUGAUCUCAAAUUGGCUAUUUUUGGUUCUCAUGGUUUAUAUUCUUGGCCAACUUGUAUGGAAGAUAUUGUUCCAUAUUUUUUGGAUGAUACCAAAAUUUCUAUUAAAGAAGUCGCCAAUGAUUGUAAUGAAUGUGGGACACAUUGGGAAUGUCUUACUGUGACACUAGGUGCGUUUAUGCAUGAAAUUGGUCAUCUGUUGGGUUCUCCACAUCAAGUUAAUGGUGUCAUGUUGAGGGAUUAUACAAGAUUGAAUAGAUCCUUCCUCACUAAAGAAAGUUACUCUGUAAGAACAAAUUCAUACGGAAGUGCACCUCCUAUCUAUCCUAAGGAAGAAUGUACAUGGAAUAGAAUGGACCUGUUAAGAUAUUUAUAUCAUCCUUCUUUCACCAAGGAUAUUGAUUUCUAUGACCCAACAUUUAUGAGGCCAAGUAAAAAUGGUAAAUAUAAAGUGGCUAAACCGGCAUUUUACCCAAUGGGUAAUGGAAUUGCACGGUUCACAUCUUCUACAGGUAUAUACUUAAUUGAAGUUGUAGCUGAAGAUCUAUCGAGAGGCUUUGUUGAAUUUUUACCUAAGUCUUUACAAGGUCGUGGUCCUCAAAAAGAGGUUCUUAUAUCUUUGGAUGAAUUAUGUAAUUUGAUGCCUCCAGACUUUCAGCGUAAACAUGGUAAUGAUUUCAGUGUAAGAGUAUUAGCCUGCAACUCUCCUGAUUUAUACAUAGAAAAAUUCCCUGAAACUCUAUUAACUUCUACUAUUCCUAUGGAGCAAUACGGCUUUUCUUCAAAUGUUAAAGGUAUCAAAUCACCUUUAUUAGGUAAUGCUAAAGGUGGGCAAGAUUCUGGGGUUAAGGCUUUUGAUAUUAGGAAAGUUGUAUCAGUUAGAGUGUACCAUGGUGCUGCUUUGGAUGGUAUUCGCUUCUUUAUUCAAAAAAAUCUUGAAACUGAAAAAGAGAAGAUUCCAAGUCUACCACCAAGAACUUAUUUAGGUAAAAUUACUCAAUCAUUUAAAUCAUCAAUGUCUUCAAUUACUGACGGUUCAACCACCAGUGUUCUUUUCGGAAAGGAAACUGCAAACUAUACUGAUAUUGUAUUAGAAAUGAAUGAAAUUAUAACGGGUUUUAAUGUUAGAUGUGGUGCAUGGAUUGAUGCUAUCCAAAUCAUUACAAGUCAUGGAAGAGUUACAGACAUGUUUGGUAAUAAAUAUGGUGGUUCAUUAUCUGAAUUGAUUCCCCCAGUUGGCCAAUAUAUAUUAGGUGUUUAUGGUAGAAUUGGUGAAUGGGUGGAUGCCAUAGGCAUUGUGUAUGGUAACUUAUAA